UACGCUAAGCUAAGCUAGAAAGUGGAUAGCGGUCCUAACAGCAUUAAGUAACCGCGGUGGAGUAGCGUGUUUAGCUGACGGGAUUUAGGCAGCUACAGGCGGGCAGUGAGAGUCACACAGCGAGCUGGUGUGCAGGAGCUGCAGUUAAACAGUGCACUCUGUUAUUCACUGAUCACUCACACAGGCACAGAAGUGCUGAAGGCGUUUAGCUCACUGAACGCUACACCUGCACGCCGGCUUUUUAUGACUAGGAUUAUAAGUGAAUGUUCCAGUGUUAGAGCACUAACGCUAGCAAAACUAGUCGGGACAAACCAGCUAGAGCUUAGCUGACGUUUUAAUCAACCGGUGUCGAAGCUCAGUAGAUAACGGCAGAGUUUGGAGUUUUUACUGCUUUGAAUGCACACGUAAAGACACGUAUAGAUCCAGUGGUAGAUCACGGCUGUAGUGAAACGCGACUCUCCUGAUUGUUAGGACCGCGUCAACCCUCCUAUGCGCAGUGGAGGAAAACAUUCCUGGCUCUUGCCCAGAUAAAUUGAUAAUGCAGAUAAUUACUUGCUAUGAGCCUCCAGGAGCAGCACGGAGCGUCAUCAUCAUCGUUAUCCUCCUCGUCCUCCUCAGCUAGGCGCUCAAACUGUCGAGCCAAAUCUCACUAGCCAGUCAGAGAAGAAAAUUCGAGUCUGUUGGCAUGACUGUCCCGACUGACGUUAACACGUACUCACUUGGAAAAAACAAAAACCCCUAAGCUCUGAGGAGAAUCCACUAGUUUGGUAUGGAAAUCCGUCUGCAUGCCAGUGUAGACUCCCUGUCCACUUUAAGAGGAACACGUGUACACCUGCUCAUUCGUGCAGUUAUCUAAUCAGCCAAUCAUGCAGCAGCAGCACAGUGUGGAGAAUCAAACAGAACAAGCACUUCAGCAGGAGGGGUUUAUGUGACUGUGCGUGGAGAACUGCAAGAUGCAGGAGCACUGAGGACGCACAAUCUCACCAUGGCGUGUCCCCCAUCCCCUUCCCCUGUUUAAGAGCACCAUCUGUCCAACAUUUUGUCUCUGGGGCUUCAGAGUGGAGCCCCACACACCAACACACUACAGUUUCAGAAGGUGUGUGUGUGAGAGAGAGAGUUGGGUUCUAGCCUCUCUGCUGAAGGAAGAUGUCUUUGGUAUUGCCCCUGGAUGGGGUGAGAGAGGGGGAGAGCGUGCUGGUUACUGAAACUCCUGCUGCCAGCCGCUGUAAAGGAACCUCUACCACACUGAGCAAAGACCACAACGCUGAGAACAACUGUGCAGAGCCCGAUGACAACCUCGCACAAGACACACAGAAACGCUGUCAGAACCAUGGCCAUAGCAGGAAAAGAGCCAAGUCCAAUGCCAAGCUGAAGCUGGUGAGGAGUCUAGCAGUGUGCGAGGAGUCCUCAGGCAUGUUUUCUACCGACGGACCUGCCGAGAGCCAGGAUAUUAUUCAGCUCCACAUCAGCUGUCCGUCAGACAAAGAGGAAGAGAAGUCUUCUAAAGAUGAGUAUGAGAGCGAGGAAAGGGAGAAGGACAAAACUCCACACAAGAUGCUCUCACGUGACUCCAGUCAGGAGUACACCGACUCCACAGGCAUCGACGUGCAUGAGUUCUUGGUGAACACACUGAAAAACAACCCCAGGGACAGAAUGAUGCUGCUGAAGCUCGAACAAGAUAUACUGGAGUUUAUCAAUGAUGAUAACAAUCAGUAUAAGAAGUUCCCCCAGAUGACCUCAUACCAUCGCAUGCUGCUACAUCGAGUAGCAGCUUACUUUGGCAUGGACCACAAUGUCGACCAAACCGGCAAAGCGGUCAUCAUCAAUAAGACGUGCAACACCCGCAUCCCUGAGCAAAGGUUUUCUGAGCACAUUAAAGAUGACCGAACAAUGGAUUUCCAGAAGAAGUUUAUCUUGAAGAGGGAUGAUGCAAGCAUGGACAAAGAUGACAACCAGAUUCGGGUUCCUUUGCAGGACGGCCGUCGUAGUAAGUCCAUCGAGGAGAGAGAGGAGGAAUAUCAGCGUGUCCGAGAUCGAAUCUUUGCUCGGGAAGUGUUUUUUUCUUCACAGUCUUCUCAAAACGGAUACCUCAACGACAACAGACUUUCCACUGAAGGCUACUCCUCUUCCUCCCAAAGGAGGAGGCAGAUCUUUAGGGGGAAUAAAGAGUGCUCGAGCCGGCCAUCGAGCAGUCGUCAAAGCAGCACUGACAGCGACAUGAAGAGUCUGGAGCCACGGCCAUGGAGCAGCACGGACUCGGACAGCUCAAACCGCACACUCCGGCCUCCCGUUACCAAGGCCAGCAGUUUCAGUGGCAUCUCUAUCCUCACACGCGGAGAUAGUCUGGGUAGCAAAGGCUCACAGGGCAGUGCCAGGGGCUCACGCACAGGUCUUCCUCUUGUAACCACAGAGGCUUGUCCCCAGCCACCUCAGCAGAGCCGCACUCUCCUGCCCUGCCCUUCCAGCUGCACCUCCAAUGUUCCUCAGAGUCAGGCUCCUCCACCACCUCCACAAACGGCUCUGCUGCCCACCCCUACUCACACUCACACACACUCUCACCCGCAGCACCCCAUCGGCAGCCACAGCCAUAAUCACAUGCUGCCACAGCCGGUGGCAUCUCUUCAGCCCGCUCCGCAGCCUGUAUCAUACUCCAGCACCUCCUGCCCUCAGGUCAUCCUGCCCGUUUCUCCUUCUCAGCAGUAUAACUUGGCUGAUGAGUUGACUCCAGGUUUUGGACAGAUGUCUUUGAGCCGUCAGGGCUCCAGUGAGGCUCCAGAGCCACCAGGACUCUACCAGCCUCCACCUGCCGUGUUAUCCCAGCAUCCUCCGCCACAGCCAGGCUACAUCAUUGCCCCACCUCCGUCCAGCUACCAGCCACCCACAGCCCAUCCGCACCCCCCUCCACCAGCUCCACCCCCGGCUCAACCAGUACUGCAGACAGCUCCUCCCGCACAGGGCUACAUGCAGCCCCCUCCACCACCUCAGCAGAUCCAGGUGCAGUAUUAUUCUGCUGGUGGACAGUAUCCGAGUUCAGGACAACAGUACAGGUCCAUGUCUCACCAAGUGUCAUACCCUGCUCAGCGCUCUCAGCCCAUGCCACCGCCAGCACAGCCCUCCGCAGCCCUUCUUCAUCAGCAAGCUCCUCUCCAGCCCAUCAUGGCCAGUCAGCAGCCAGCAUACCAGGGAAUGAUGGGAGUUCAACAGCCGCAGAGUGCCAGUAUCAUGAAUUCUCAACGUCCAGGAAUGAGUGGACAGAUACAAGGCAUGGUGGUACAGUACACACCUAUGCCCUCCUAUCAGGUGCCCGUAGCUAAUGAAACCCAGCCUGUGGUGCAGCAGCAGUACCAGCAGCCUGUCAUGGUGCCCGUUAGCCAGUCUGUACAGGGCGCAAUGCCACCCGCCCCACCCAUGCCUGUCUAUUACAGCGUCCUGACGCCGGCACAACAGAACAGCACAAGUCCAUCUGUGGGCUACCUGCAGCCUCCCAGUUCAGAUCAGUACCAGAUGACUCAGUCCCCUUCCCCCUGCAGUCCUCAGCAGAUACAGCAGCAGUAUUCAGGAGUGCCACCUCCUGGUCCAAGUGUUAUGGUGAUGCAGUUGAGUGUUCCGAAUGGGCCACAGCCUACCCAGAAUCCUCCCAUGGUGCAAUGGAAUCCCUGCAAGUAUUACAGUGUGGAGCAGAGACCCAGCAAACCUGAGCCACAGGUCAGCACUCAGUUGAGUAGUCCACUAGCAUCUCCUACUCAGUCACCCACUCCCACUCCAUCGAGCAGUGGAAACAAUGUGUGUCCUGGGCUCGGCCCACUGCCUCUCAUUUCCCAGUUUCCGCGGCCUGGUGGACCCGCACAAGGGGAUGGCCGCUAUUCGUUACUGGGGCAGCCUCUGCAGUACAGCUUGUGUCCUCCAACCAUCAUGCACAACCAUAGCCAAUCCUCGUACAGCUCCCACCAGAGCUCAGGAGUGAUAAAGCAUGGAGCCCGAGGAAAGAAACAGACACUGAAAUCUGCCUCUACAGAUCUAGGCACUACUGACGUGGUGGUGAGUCGUGUGCUGGAGGUUACAGACCUGCCUGAGGGUAUCUCUCGCCCAGAGGCCGAGAAGCUCUUCAACCAGCUCUCGAUGUGCGGGGCCAAGAUCCAGUGGCUGAAGGAGCCGCAGGCAUCCCGGGGAACUGGCAGUACCCCAGCGCAUGGAGCUGGAGCGGGUGGGUCAGUAGGGAAGGGUGACGGCCACGACCCAGCACACCUCUACACCGUGGUGGCAGUGUUCCCCAACACCAUGGCUGCACAGAGCGCUUCCUUUAAGCUCAACAACAGCGGAGGGAGCCUGUUCAAACUGCGCGCUGCCAAAAAGAACUAUGAUCUGCGCGUACUAGAGAGAGCUAGCUCACAGUGAGGAAAGAGAGAGAGAGAGGGAGAGGAGUGGGGUGAAAGAACGGAGAGAAGAAAGAGAUCAUACUGAUUUUUCGAGUCUCUUUUUUUUAUUGUAUCAUUACGCAGAGAGGACAUAACACACGUAAGCAUGUGUACCUCUGUUGUACCUUUUGUAUAUAUAAUUCCUUAUGUACACACAGACGCACACACUUACACACACAGCCAUGCACUGGACAGAGGGUGUUGGACAGGCUCCUCCCCAUCUUUUUCUGCCUCUCUUUUCAUCCUGUCUUGUCCUUCUCUCCCUCUCUCUGGCUCAUAUUUCCUCUGUCACACUCUUUUUCUGGCGCCGCUCUCACCCCCCCCCCCCCCCCCCCCCCGCAUUUCUCUGCACUUUCAAGACGGCUUUCUCUCUUUCUUUCUCUCUCUUGCUUUCCGUUUGCCUUAAUGCUGUUGUGGACUUCUGUAUUGCGCUGUUCUUUCUCAUAUUCUCUCUUUCUCUCUCUCUCUCUCUCUUCUCUCUCUCUCUCUCUCUCUCUCUCUUUCUCUCUCUCACAGAUGAAAUAUUGUUCCUCUUUUGUUCGAUAUAUUUAUAUAAGUGAUGUAAGGAUUAUAAGAAAUCUAUAUAUUCAGUGAUUUUUUUUUUUUCCCCCUCCCUCCCCUGGUGGAUAAGUUAAAGUUCCUUUACAACCUGUCCCCAUCCAUGUCUUUCCUCCCUUUUCCUAGCCCCCACCCCCUUGUCCCUUCCUCUAUAAUCAUUGUGUUUUGCAUCUUUUUUGUGACAGCUGUGCAGAAAGUUAUGAGGUAUUUAAGUGCACAAAGAUUGCAAAUGUCUACUGUAAAUUCCAUUUAUUCUGUUCUUUUGUUUGUUUUUAAAAAUAUAAAAGAAGACAAAAAAAAAGAAAUCCCUUUC